UUUGUUGAAGGACAUCAGCUGCGGAAUUUGUGAUUUGGGCGAAGAUUGAAGUCAUGGCUGGUCCUGAAAAUGAUGCCCAGUUCCAGUUCACUGGUAUUAAAAAAUAUUUCAACUCUUAUACUCUCACAGGUAGAAUGAAUUGUGUUCUGGCCAAAUAUGGAGGCAUUGCUUUGUUGGUCCUAUACUUCAAGUUAAGGCCUAAAAAAACUCCAGCUGUGAAAGCAUAACUGGGUCUUUCAAUGUCUGACCUCAUCUGUUAAGUUCCAUGCCUGAAGAAGCUGAUGUCAACUCAUCAUGUGAUACUCAAUUUGUACAAUAAAUUAUGAACCUGGAAAAAAA